AUGGCAACACAAGCCACUUUCUCUGGCAUUGCGACUGCGGCGGCAGCAGGAGGCAAGCCCAAAUGGACUGAUUGGUCUUCAACUGGUCCACCCACAGAAGUUGAUGCGGUCGUGAUCGGUGGAGGUUUCUCUGGGCUCACAGCAGCGUAUGAUUUGCAACAGAGUGGACUGAGCACAGUAGUGCUAGAGGCUAGGGACAGACUGGGGGGCCGAUCUUGGUCGUAUCAACUGGAGAGUGGACCUGGAAUUGUCGAAUUGGGUGCGACGUGGAUCAACAACAGCACACAGCCAUCAGUUUUCAGUCUUGCUGAAAAGUUUGGAUUGACAACAAUCGAGCAGUACAUCAAAGGAGAUCAAAUCAUCCAAGGUCCCGAUGGAGAGGUCUUCAGACUUCCGUCGCUAGAUCAGUUGAGUGUGGAUCCAUCCCCCGAACCGAGUCCUGAACUGGAGGCGCUUCAGCUCGCAGGCACACUCAUGGCUCUGAUCAACGAGGCAGCCGAUAAGGUUGAUAUUCGUCGACCGAACCAAUUCCCUGAAGAACAGGAUGUGACUGUUGCGGAAUGGGUUGCUCAGCAGGGUCUGUGGGACAAUCUCGUGGUCCAAGCAUUCACCAGGCAACUGACAUCGACUCUUGUUGGUCGAGAACCUCACGAGCUUGGGGUACAAUACUUUUUGGACUAUGUCAAGUCUGGACUUGGGUUCGACAGUCUGGGCAGUGAGAAGGCCGAUGGAGCUCAAUAUCUGAUGAUUAAAGAAGGUACUUCCGCCAUUGCGACCGAACUCGCCAAAGCCAUGACAUCUGGUAGCGUGCUCACCAGCGCUCCUGCAACUAGCAUCGUCCAGACCAAGGACCACGUCAUUGUCAGCACCAAGUCCGGGCAGAAAUUUAAGAGCAAGAAGGUGAUAAUGGCCAACCCGACCAACACAUACAAAGAAAUUGAUUUCGCGCCUGGCCUCCCAGAAGAAAAGAAGAUUGUUGUGUCCAACACUAUGCCGGGGAUCUACGCCAAGAUGAUCCUGACCUAUAGUAGCCCUUGGUGGCGCGAGGCAGGUCUACAGGGCAAGUUCACGUCAUUGGUGGGACCAGCUUGUUUUGGGUGGGAGAUCUCGGUGCCAGAUUUAUCGCAGUACAGUUUGGCGGUAUUUGUCUCGGGGGAUGUCGCACGUGAAUGGCAUCAAUUGCCGGCGGAUCAACAAAAGAAGUCAAUCAUUGAGCAUAUGGGCCAGAUGGUGGGUGAGGAACUGGCAGAAAAGGCACAUGACGUGCUCGAGGUCAACUAUGUUGAGUGGACCAAGGAGGAGCAUAUCUGGGGAGGACCGACGAGCUCCAUGGGGCCAGGAUUGUUGCGCAAACAUGGACAGGCGUUAAGAGAACCGUUUGGUCAUGUCCAUUUCGCUGGUGGCGAGACGGCGUUCGAGUGGAAGGGGUAUUUGGAGGGCGCAGUCACGGCGGGCCAGAGGGCAGCCAAAGAGGUCAUUGAGUCCCUGAAAGGAGAGGAGUAG